AUGCUGCAUCCGAAUGGCACCGUCAUGGACGCUACCAUGCGAUCCUUGUUGCGAGAGCGUCUUCAGACUUCCAUUGACGGCGUCGCCCGCGGUGCCGAAUGCUCUCGCAGCGUCGCUAGCCCCAACUCGCUCCUACGCUCAAGAGCUGGUGUCUUCGCUCUGAUCUGCUGGCUGGCAGCUUACUCGUGCUCCUCGCCUGCGCCUGCCAAGCGGCCUACAAGCACAAGACUUCGUUCAUCCUCACCGGUCCGGCCAAAUGCCUCUGAGCGCAUUCUCGCCACUGCCAUCGCUCCCGCCGCAUCAACCACUCGCGGUCUCACAAAUGUGCCUCGCAGAGCAGCAGUGCUUCGAAGCGUGCACACCUCGGCUCGUCCAAGAACAAGUCACAAUUUGCCCAUCGCCGCGCUCUCGCAGACCGCAACCUCAAACUUGGCCACCAAAGAGCCCCUCUCCGCAGCAGGACGAGCUGGCCUUAGCUCCCUCACACAUCCCUCACCACGGCCCGACUCAUGGCUCGACCGAGUAGCCAACUCUCUCGCCUCCCUACUCAGAGCCUCGGAGCAUCACGCCGAACACAACACCUCGCGCUCCGAUGCACCACCUCGCUCCCGACAACGCAGUCGUGGAAUCGGCAAGAUCCACAACGUGAUGCAAGACCCCUCCGUCUACGAUCCCAUCGUAUUGCCACGGCACCCCAUCGUCCUCUGCCACGGCCUCUACGGCUUCGAUGUCCGCGGUCCAUUCCUAGGCCUCGAGAUCCACUACUGGGCUCAGACCCUCGACAUCCUGCGCAAAAAGAUGGGCGUAGACGUGCUCGUCCACGGCGUCCCACCCACGGGUUCCAUCAAAGAGCGCGCCGAGUCGCUCCAUCAGUUCCUCACCAGCGAAGAAGCCGGCGUGCGGGGCAAGAAGCUCAACUUUGUCGCGCACAGCAUGGGCGGUCUGGACGUGCGACACCUUCUCAGCCACAUCCAACCCAAGCCGGAAGACUACGUUCCCGUCAGCCUCACCACCAUCAGCACACCUCACCGCGGCAGCCCCUUCAUGGAUUGGUGCAACGCCAACAUCGGCAUUGGCAACGACUACAUCGAGCAGGCCAUUCAAGAAGCGCGCAAGGAACGCGCCCACCUCGCCGAUCGUGAACCACCGAACCCUUCGCGCACUCCCAAAGUGCCCUAUUCGCUCAAGUCCCCCCUCUUCACGCGCCCCAAGCCGCUCUCCGGCUCGAGCGCGGCCAAACGCACUGGCGGCAAAGCGGAAGAAUCGUCCACCGACAAACUCUUCAACGCCGCCUCCGAUGUCGUCUCCUCGCUCACCUCUCACACCUCCUCCACCUCCACCUCGGACGCCGCCGCCAGUGACGCCGCAGACAAAGUGAAAGCCGCCGUCAAAGCCACCUCCAACCCCUCCCUCCCUUUUGGCCUUUCAUCCUUCCUCGGAUCGCUCACCACGCUCACCGGCUCGUUCAGCUCGUACAUGCUCUCGCUGCUCGACACGCCCGCCUACGCGAUGCUCUCCACGCGCUACAUGAACGAGGUGUUCAACCCUUCCACGCCCAAUGUCCGUGGGGUCAAGUACUACAGCGUUGCAUCGCGCACGCCGAGCCUUGCGAUCUGGCAUCCGUUGUGGUUGCCCAAGUUGAUCUUGGAUGCGGCGGCGGAGAGUCGCACGGUGGGGGGUGAGAUCGAUGGCAGUGCCGACGCGCUCGGUGGGGCUGAUCAGGGCAAUGAUGGGUUGGUGAGUGUCGAGAGUGCGAAAUGGGGCGAGUUCUUGGGGGUGAUGGAGGGAUGUGAUCAUUGGGACAUGCGAGGUGGGGGGGCUCCGAGGUGGAGGCAGAACAUCAACCCUUCCACGGGGAGGCCGUAUCCGACCAAGGCGGUUCCCAACGAGGCGACGGGCAAAGAUGCCGGGUCGAAUUGGAUGGACAUCAACCGGCUGCUCUUUUCCAAGUCCCAGACGGAUUCACAGCCAACCGGCGCAUUCCGGUCGUUUCAGCAGCUGGCCGAGUCGGAGGGGUGGAACGGCGUGUCGCUCCGCGAUGAGGAGAGUGCGGACGACUUCGACCUCCGCCCCGCCGAUGAGGGGGACGAGGACAAUGGUGCAAUAUCCUCCUUCCACCCGCAGCACCAGGACGAUACGCUGGUGCACGAAAUCGCCAGUUGGAUCUCGGACCGUCUUCCCUUGGGCAAUGCCGAACGCCGCGCCAUGGCCGAGAAGCGCGACAAGCUCAUCGAGGCGACGGGUCUGACGCUGUACAGCCCCUCCAAGACAGAUGUCACUCCUGACAAGGGAGGUGAAUCGACGGGCAAGACCAAUGGGCUCACCGAAUUUGCUGGUUCGAACAACUCUUCGUUCACGACACAGCACGCGGCGCCCUUCUCAACCACCCAAGCCGCCCCAGCCACCGCAUCUCUGGCCAAAGCAGGCAUCGAGGAGAUGAACGACGAUAAACGCACGACCAAGAGCAACAAGGAGUUUACCGAGCUCGAGAGGUUCUGGAUCGCCCUCUGUCGACAUUUGCACAACGAGGGGCUGUAG